AUGGUCUUUGUUUGCACAUCCCUCCCUGACUAUAUCCGCUCAUCACUACAGCCAAAGCUCCUGGCUGCAUUUGAGAAUAAUGAGCUGCUUACUGAGAAGCCUGGUCAAUAUGAUGAGGAUGACAUAUUUGAGGCGCUACACUUUUCCUGGUACAACCGUCACUGCACAAGAGGAGAUGACGCUCCAACUGAGAUUUUGCCUCUCAUGUUAGAGAGGGAAGAUGGACGUCGUACCAACUAUUCCCAGAUGAUCCCUUACCUGUCCAAGAAAAUCAAAGAUCACGGCACUAUUUAG